CAACUGGCACACGAAUAACCCACAGGAAGACAGAGGGAGAUGGAAUAUUACUGAAUCCUGACUCUUCAUGUUGCUGCUGUUCCUCCUUGUGUGAUGGGCAAAAGUUCCUCUGCACUUUUUGUCCUUUAGCGGUUCUGGAUUGUUCUGGGCUCAAACGGGGAUGAGGGAUUCUGUGGACUGGCAGCCGUGCAGCCGGAGCAGGGUUGGGAUACUUUUCUAAGUAUAUCGAACAGUGCAGUUGCGCCUCUUUAGUUGACAGGUCGGAGAAAAGGGAAAACUUGUCACAAUUUUAAAAUUGGCCUUUAGCAGUCGUGUCGGGAUGUGCCGCUGUAAUUUCUCCUGCGGAGGGUAGUGUCCGGCGACGGCUGCGGAAGACGAGCUGGAGGGGAAAGAGUUGCUGGGAUUUAUUUAACGGCGUGUGGCAGGUGAAUAUGCUCUGAUUUCUGUGGGAUGGCCCUAAAAUGAAAACCCCGGGAACCCUGUGAGCUUUAUGAGCCUUAACUUUUGCGAGCCACCAUGCUGAGCCUGCAGGAUUCGGUCUUCUUUGAGAUCAGCAUCAAAUCUCUCCUGAAGUCCUGGAGCAGCAGCUCUUCUCCACCAGUCAGCGGCAGCGUGAUUAGACGGCGGGCCCCCUCUUCGGUGACUCCCCUCGCGUGGGAGAAACACAGCAUCGCCGCCAUGUCGAGCAUCACCAUCGACCCCGAGCUCAAGCCUGGGGAGUUUGUCAUCAAGAGUCUGUUUGCGGAGUUUGCCGUGCUUGCCGAGAAGAAGAUCGAGAUGGUGAUGGCCGAGCCGCUGGAGAAACCACUAUCCCGAUCUCUCCAGAGGGGAGAAGAUGCACAAUUUGAUCAGUUAAUAAGCUCUAUGAGCUCAAUAGCAGAACACUGUCUACCCUCCCUCCUGCGCACACUAUUCGACUGGUACCGGCGGCAGAGCGGCAAUGAAGACGAGCCUUAUGAGUACCGACCUCGCUCUAGUACAAAAUCAAAAGGAGAUGAACAGCACCGGGAUAAAGAUUACCUCCUAGAACGACGGGACUUAGCCAUAGAUUUUAUUUUUUGCUUAGUUUCAGUGGAAGUUCUUAAACAGAUUCCUCUUCAUCCAGUGCCGGAUGUUUUAGUACAUGAAGUUCUAAACCUGGCGUUCAAGCACUUUAAACACAAAGAGGGAUACAGUGGGCCCAACACUGGGAACGUGCACAUCAUUGCAGACUUGUAUGCUGAGGUCAUAGGAGUUCUUACUCAGUCAAAGUUCCAGGCAGUGAGGAAGAAAUUCAUCACAGAACUGAAGGAGCUACGGCAAAAAGAGCAGAGUCCCUACGUAGUGCAGAGCAUCAUCAGUCUCAUCAUGGGCAUGAAGUUCUUUCGGGUCAAAAUGUAUCCUGUGGAGGACUUUGAGGCUUCUUUUCAAUUCAUGCAGGAGUGUGCCCAGUAUUUCCUUGAAGUCAAGGAUAAAGACAUAAAGCAUGCUCUAGCUGGUCUUUUUGUUGAAAUCCUCAUUCCUGUCGCAGCUGCGGUGAAAAAUGAAGUCAACGUGCCGUGCUUAAAAACGUUUGUGGAGAUGCUCUACCAGACAACGUUUGACCUUAGUUCCAGAAAGAAGCACUCUUUGGCUCUUUAUCCCCUGGUAACAUGCUUGCUGUGUGUGAGUCAGAAGCAGUUCUUCCUCAACAACUGGCACAUCUUCCUCCAGAACUGCCUCUCACACCUCAAGAUGCCGUCUAACAACAGCAUCAGAAAGCAGAUUGAGACACUGCAGAAUAAAGAUCCCAAAAUGUCCCGUGUGGCGCUGGAGUCGCUCUACAGGCUGCUCUGGGUCUACAUUAUCAGAAUCAAGUGUGAGAGCAACACUGUCACGCAGAGUCGACUGCUCAGCAUCGUGUCAGCACUUUUUCCCAAAGGCUCCCGCAGUGUGGUGCCCAGAGACACGCCCCUCAACAUCUUUGUCAAGAUCAUCCAGUUCAUAGCCCAGGAGAGGCUGGACUUUGCUAUGAAGGAGCUCAUCUACGACCUGCUGUGUGUGGGCAAGUCUCACAAAACCUUCACCAUCAAUCCCGAGAGGAUGAAUAUUGGAUUGCGAGCCUUCUUGGUGAUUGCUGACAGCCUGCAGCAGAAAGAUGGGGAGCCUCCGAUGCCUACAACUGGGAUCAUCAUGCCUUCUGGGAACACCCUGCGUGUCAAAAAGAUCUUCCUUAACACCACGCUUACUGACGAGGAAGCAAAAGUGAUCGGCAUGUCGAUGUACUAUCCACAAGUAAGAAAGGCUUUGGAUAACAUCCUGCGUCACCUGGACAAGGAAGUGGGACGCUCAAUGAGCAUGACGAGCGUUCAGAUGUCGAACAAAGAGCCUGAGGAUAUGAUUACGGGCGAGAGAAAACCAAAGAUUGAUCUGUUCCGGACAUGCGUGGCUGCCAUCCCAAGACUGAUACCAGAUGGCAUGAGCAGACAAGAACUAAUAGAGCUCCUGGCCAAAUUGACCAUCCACAUGGACGAGGAGCUGCGCGGCCUUGCCUUCACGACUCUUCAGGCACUUAUGGUGGAUUUCCCAGAGUGGCGGGAAGAUGUCCUCUCAGGGUUUGUGUACUUCAUAGUCAGAGAGGUGACGGAUGUCCACCCCACGCUGCUGGACAACGCCGUCAAGAUGCUCCUGCAGCUCAUCAUCCAAUGGAAGCAGGCCUUGCAGAGCGGCAAUAAGAACCAUGAGACACAGGGCUCCACCAGCGGCCGUCCUCUGUCCUUGGAACGUACCCCACCGUUAGCCGUGCUUCACGUCGUAGAGGGCUUAGCGCUGGUUGUGCUCUGUAGCUGCCGACCAGCCACACGCAAACUAGCUGUUAAUGUCUUAAAGGAGGUCCGUGCUCUGCACACCGCACAGGGCAUUGGCAAGGGAGAUGAGGAGCUGGCCAUUGACGUAAUGGACAGAUUAAGUGCAUCUGUGUUGGAGAGCUUCAUUCAUCUUACCGGAGCCGACCAGACCAACUUGUUGUAUUGCCCCAGUGGGAUUGAGCUUCAGACGCUAGCAGAGUGGAGCUCCUCUCCCAUCAGCCAUCAGUUCGACGUGGUCAGCCCCUCGCACAUCUGGGUGUUUGCCCACGUCACGCAGGGACAGGACCCCUGGGUCAUCAGCUUCUCCAGCUACCUGCGGCAGGAGAACCUGCCCAAACAUUGCCCCACCGCCCUCAACUAUGCCUGGAUGUUUGCCUACACCCGCCUUCAGCUGCUGUCUCCACAAGUUGACAUAAACAGUCCCAUCAAUGCCAAAAAGGUGAACAGCCUGAGCAGCAGCGACUCCUACAUUGGCCUUUGGAGAAACUACCUGAUUCUCUGCUGCAGCUCCGCCUCCUCUUCCUCCUCCAUGUGUUCCUCCUCCACCUCUGGCUCCGUCCGCUGCUCCCCGCCUGAGACGCUGGCGUCCACGCCGGACAGUGGCUACAGUUACGACUCCAAGAUUGUCGGGACUCCGUCCCCCUCCUCGCUGUUUAAACACAUCGUUCCCAUGAUGCGCUCUGAGAGCAUGGACAUCACGGAGUCUUUGGUGUUGGGGCUUGGCAGGACCAACCCUGUUGCCUUCAGAGAAUUGAUAGAGGAGCUAAACCCAAUCAUAAAAGAAGCACUCGAAAGAAGACCAGAAAACAUGAAGCGACGCAGGCGUCGGGACAUCCUCAGGGUCCAGCUGGUCCGGAUAUUCGAGUUACUCGCUGAUGCUGGUGUCAUCAGCCACGUGUCUAGUGGAGGCUUGGAUGGAGAGAGCCACUCUCUGAACAGCACGCUGCUCGAGUACGUGGAUCUCACCAGGCAGUUGCUCGAGGCAGAAAACGACAAGGACUCCGACACGCUGAAGGACAUUCGCUGUCACUUCAGUGCACUUGUAGCCAACAUCAUUCAGAACGUUCCAGUACACCAGAGGAGGACCAUCUUCCCUCAGCAGUCACUGCGGCACAGUCUCUUUAUGCUGUUUAGUCACUGGGCUGGACCCUUCAGCAUCAUGUUCACUCCUUUGGAUCGCUAUAGUGACAGAAAUAUGCAGAUCAAUCGCCAUCAGUACUGUGCGCUGAAGGCCAUGUCUGCUGUGUUGUGUUGUGGACCCGUAGCUGACAACGUAGGCCUGUCCUCCGAUGGCUACCUCUACAAGUGGCUGGACAACAUUCUGGAUUCACAUGACAAGAAGGUUCACCAACUGGGUUGUGAGGCAGUGAUGCUGCUGCUGGAGCUGAAUCCCGACCAGAACAACCUCAUGUUUUGGGCGGUGGACCGAUGUUACACCGGCUCGCGGCGCGUAGCUGCUGGCUGUUUUAAGGCCAUCGCCAACGUCUUUCAUAACAGGGAUUAUCAGUUUGAUACUGUGGUGCUGCUGAACCUCAUUCUGUUCAAAGCCGCUGAUUCUUCCAGGGAAAUCUAUGAGGUAGCCAUGCAGCUGUUACAGAUCCUGGAGCCAAAGCUUUUCCGUUAUGCACACAAACUGGAGAUCCAGCGAGCCGAUGGCAUCCUGACUCCUCCCUCGCCGCUUCCACACCUGUACUCAGUGUCUUACUACCAGCUAUCUGAGGAGCUUGCAAGAACGUAUCCAGAGCUCACGCUGCCCAUCUUCUCAGAAGUCAGCCAGCGCAUCCAGACAGCACAUCCUGGUGGCCGUCAGGUCAUGUUGCACUACCUCCUACCGUGGAUGAACAACGUGGAGCUGGUUGAGUUCAAACCGACCAUAAGGCGACCGGAAGACUGCGGCAGCGGUGAGGAAGAGGAGGAGGGCCAGGACCAAGAUAUUAUGAUGGUCAACAGCCGCCGCUGGCUUCGUGGUGAGGGCUGGGGGUCUCCUCGUGCAACGACCAUGGUGCUAAACAACCUCAUGUUUAUGACCGCUAAGUACGGAGACGAGUUUGCUUGGUCAGAAAUUGAGAACGUGUGGACGACAUUAGCAGACAGUUGGCCAAAGAACCUCAGAAUCAUUCUGCACUUCCUCAUCAGUAUAUCAGGGGUACGCAGUGACCCCAGCCUCCUGCCCUACGUGAAACGAGUGGUGGUUUACCUGGGCAGAGAUAAAACUAUGCAGCUGCUGGAGGAGUUGAUGUGGGAACUUCAGCUGACCGAGCCCGUCAGCUCAGCUGUGACUCACAUGGACAACCCCCCUUAUUACCGCAUCACCUCCAGUUACAAGAUCCCCUCAGUCACCUCAGGAACAACCUCCAGCAGCAAUACCAUGGUGCCAGGAAGCGAGGGUCAUCACGACAGCAAGAGCAAAGACCCAAACAUGGAAGACAGUUACCCGCACCUGGAUAUUUACUCUGGUCUGAACAGCAACCUGAACCGCCAGCAUCACCGCCUGGAAUCUCGGUACAGCAGCAGCUCAGGUGGCUCCUAUGAAGAUGAAAAGAGUGACUCGAUGCCGCUUUAUGCCAAUUGGCGCUUGAAAGUAAUGGAUCACAACCAGCCAGAGCCUCUCCCCUUCCCCCCGACAGGAGGCUGCUGGGCUCCUUUGGUGGAUUAUUUGCCAGAGACAAACACCCCCACUGUGCCGCUCCACAGGUGUAAUAUUGCAGUCAUCCUACUGACAGACCUCAUUGUGGAUCAUGGCAUCAAAGUAGAGUGGAGUGCAUACCUGCACCUCUUGCUACACGCUGUGUUUAUAGGCUUCGACCACCAGCACCCGGAGGUCUAUGAGCACUGCAAGCGGCUGCUGCUCCACCUGCUCGUUGUCCAGUCUGCAAAUAGCCCGUCUGUGGCCAUGGUGCUUUUACGCAACAGAGACUACAAUGAUCCCAGGGUGCUGACGGUGAAACAAACAACUCCAGAGUUCAGCCUCACAGGGAUGCAGGAGAUUUUGCCUGAUUUUCAGCCGUCUCCUGUGACGGACUCCGGCCUCAGCACCAGCUCCACCUCCUCCAGCAUCAGUCUCGGGGCAGGGAGCAGCACUUUGUCCCACCUCUCGCCCACGCUUCUCACUGAGGCAGAUAUUAAUGCUGAACAGGAGGACAAGGCUAAAGGUCUCAUUGAGUUUAUUACAUCAAGGAAGCGAGGUCCGCUCUGGAAUCACGAAGACGUGUCGCCCAAGAACUCCAACAUCAAGAGCGCCGACCAGCUGAGCGUUUUCGUCAGACACGUCGUGACUGUCUUCAAACAGUCCCAGACAGGUUUCCAGCUGGACUCGAUGCUGAGUGAAGUAACUCUAAGAACUGCUCUGUCCUGCUCUUCUCGACACUACGCUGGUCGCUCAUUCCAGAUUUUCAGGGCGCUCAAGCAGCCUCUGACGCCGGCCACGCUGUCCGACAUCCUGUCUCGACUGGUUGAGACAGUAGGAGACCCCGGAGAGGAGGCUCAGGGCUUUGUCAUCGAGUUACUCCUGACGUUGGAGUCGAGCAUCGACACCUUGGCAGACACGAUCAAAAACUACGAUCUCCUCUCCGCCCUAGCACAAAGCUCAAACCGCGACCAGUCGUUGGGAGCAAAGCUGGCUGCCAACAGGAAAAGCACGGGCCAGCUCAAUCUCAACAGCGGAGGCCUGCUGCAUUACGUCCACGCUCGGAGCAACUCGCUGCGGGCCAGCCUCAUCGGUGAGCGGAAAGCUGACAGGCGUCGCAGCAACACUCUGGACAUAGCCGAGCGGCUGAGCGGGAACCCCUCCAACCUGCUGCGCACCAAGAGCUUAACGUCGCUAGGCGGGGGAGGAAGUCCAGGAGGGGACGCCAUCCCACCAGUGGACCCCUCCAAUCUGAUGGCCACCGUCUUCUGGAUCGCGGUCUCUUUGCUCGAGUCAGACUACGAGUUCGAGUACCUGCUGGCGCUGCGGCUGCUCAACAAGCUUCUGGGCCAGCUGCCCCUGGAGCGUGCCGACAGCAGAGAGCGUCUGGAGAACGUCCAGGGCAAACUCAAGUGGUACAACUUCCCCGGUCUGCUGCAGCUCUUCCUCAAAGGCUUCACCUCGGCUUCUACGCAGGAGCUCACCAUCCAUCUGCUCAGCAAGCUCAUCAGUGUCUCCAGGCACACGCUGGUAGAUCCCUCACAAGUGGCAGGUUUCCCUUUGAAUAUCCUGUGCCUACUGCCACACCUCAUUCUGCACUUUGACAGCCCGACUCCGUUCUGCAAGGAGACGGCGGAUAAGAUCGCCAAGGUGUGCGCAGAGGAGAAGUCGGCCACCCUCUCCAACCUGGCCCACAUGAUGAGCUUGUACAGCACACACAGUUAUUCCCGCGACUGCACCAACUGGAUCAACGUGGUCUGCCGUUACGUCCACGAUGCCUUCGCAGAAAGAACCCUGAACUUGGUCACUUACUUGGCAGAGCUGUUGGAGAAGGGCCUACCCAGCAUGCAGCAGUCCUUGCUGCAGAUCAUCUACAGCCUCCUGAGUCACAUCGACCUAUCAGCAGCCCCCGUCAAACAGUUCAACCUUGACAUCAUGAAGAUCAUUGGCAAAUACGUUCAGAGUCCGCACUGGAAAGAAGCCCAAAACAUCCUGAAGAUGGUUGUGUCUCGAUCAGCCAGUCUGGUCGUACCAGACGACGUGCAACGUUCGUACAGCUCAGAGUCCUGCGGAUCACCGGAGAUUGCGUUCACGCGCAUCUUCAACAACUCUUCCAAGGAGCUGCCCGGCAAGACGCUGGACUUCCAUUUUGACAUCUCAGAGACACCAAUUAUAGGCCAUAAAUAUGGCGACCAGCGUACGGCUGCAGGACGAAACGGAAAGGCCCAGGUGAUUGCUGUGACAAGGAGCACCUCCUCAACAUCAUCUGGCUCCAACUCUAAUGGUCUGGUCCAAGUGAGCUGGAAGAGGCCCCAGCUGUCCCAGAGAAGAACCAGAGAGAGGCUGAUGAAUGUCCUGUCUCUAUGUGGUCCAGAGUCAGGCGUACCCAAAAAUCCAUCAGUGGUUUUCUCAUCCAAUGAGGAUCUGGACUCGGUGGACCAGCAGACCAGUCUCAUUCCCACGGUGGAGGAGGUGGUCAGAGAGGAGGAGGUUCAGGGAGAAGACACGGGCAGCGAGCAGCAGUUCGGCGUCUUUAAAGACUUCGACUUCUUGGACGUGGAGUUGGAAGAUGCUGAGGAGUUGCAGGGGGAGAGCAUGGACAACUUCAACUGGGGGGUGCGCCGUCGCUCCCUGGAGAGCAUGGACAAAGGGGACACGCCGUCUUUGCAGGAGUGCCAGUACACUGGCAGCACGCCAAGCCUCAACCUCACCAACCACGAGGACACGGACGAGUCAUCUGAGGAGGAGGUACUGAGCGCUAGCCAGAUUCUCACCCGCUCCAGCCUUCUGAACAGCGACUCGGCCACGGAUGACACUGCUUCCAACCACGUGGACUCUUUGCAGCAGUCCCAAGAAUCGUCCAGCAGUGCCAUGACCGAGGAGGCCACCGUCCUGCCCAUCCUGCCCUCCCUCCCCUCCCUCCCCCGACUGGAUAGCCCCAGUUUGGAGAUGGCCCACUCAGACAGCACCAGCAGCCAGCUGCCUGAGGAUGCAAUAAGCAUGACUGCGGCAGACGAGCUGAGUAGCAGCGUGAGCGAGGACACGGGGUUUUGCAGCGCCCCCCCGCUGCCAUCUGACGCGCCAGAGCUGUGUGAUCUCCCUGACCCGCAGGAUCCCCAGUACUCUCAGGACGGCCAGGAGAGUCAGGACCCUCAUGAGGACCUGGAUCCAGCCCCCCCUCCUCCGCCGGCAAUCGACACACCACCGGGGUCCUACUGUGAGGAGGAUUCCCAGACCGUACUGCCUCUGUGCAUACACACGCCACCAGAUCCUAAGCCUGAUCCAGACCCGGACAGCACCUGUGGCUCUUUGUGGGAAGAGGAUGUGACGAAGGCCCUAAAGGAGCUGGAUGAGCGCUGUGAGGAAGAAGAGGCAGACUUCUCUGGCAUGUCUAGUCAAGAUGAAGGUGACGCAGAUGGCUUCCCAGAGAUCCAGGCCUCUCCGCCCCCUUCGCCCUUCCUCUCAGCCAUCCUGGCAGCGUUCCAGCCCGUCGCCUACGACAACGAGGAAGACGCUUGGCGUUGCCACGUCAACCAGAUGUUGUCGGACACGGACGGCUCCGCUGCUGUUUACACUUUCCAUGUGUUCUCGCGGCUAUUUGAAAAUAUUCAGAGGAAGUUCAGCUCUAUUACACAUUCAUCUGUCCGCUUUUUGGGAGAGAGGCUCCAGCGAAUGGGCAAUCAGUUCCUCAGCUCGCUGGAGGUCAUGACGUCCCACUCACAGUGCCCCACCGUGCUCCUGGAUGCAGAGACUCUGGUCUCUUGUGGACUUUUGGAGACUCUGAAGUUCAGUGUCCUGGAGCUGCAGGAGCAUCUGGAUACCUACAAUGCCAAGAGAGAAGCAGCAGAGCUCUGGCUGGAAAACUGCAGGAAAACAUUUGGGGACAAAGACAGCAGCCAGCGACCGAACACUCAUGCACAGCAAAUGGAAAAACUAGCAGAGUUGGAGUUGUGUCGGAGGCUCUACAAGUUGCACUUUCAGCUGCUUCUGCUGUUCCAGGCCUACUGUAAGCUUAUCAGCAGGGUGGACACCAUGAAGAGAGAGGCAGAGGUGACCAACAUGUCUGAGGAGCUCACUAUUCUGGAGAGCUGCCUGAUCGAGGCAGAAACAGGAAAUGACAGCCAGGAGGAUGUGUGCAUGUCAGAUAAUGCCCAGACCAAUACCGAGACGGCAAUCCAGUCGCUGAUUGAAACGCUGAGAGCCAGAGACUUCAGCUCUGCUCUCACGCAGGUCAAAAUCUUUAGGUCUUUGUGGCCUAAUGACAUCUUCGGCAAUGAGAAGGAUAACGCUGUUCAGACCCUCCUGCACAUCUACUUCCGUCACCAAACACUGGGCCAGACGGGCUGCCUGGCGGUGGUGGGGCCCAGCAGGGACCUGUCGCAGGCCAGCACCCGCCUCAUGGAGCUCAACCUGCAGAUCCGUGAGGCUCUGAGUCAGGCCCAGGCAUGCCAACUUCACACGACCACAUUCAGCACCGGACUGUAGUCGGCCCCCUGUUUUACACACGCCUGACGUCCGCUGUAGAGAGGAGAGGGAGAGGGAGAGGGAGAGGGAGGGAGGGGGGGCCAGAGGACAAGAGACACUCCACAUACAAAGGGCUAAAGGAUGCGUGGGAAUAACUGUGACCAUGCAUUAACGUUACCUGUAUGAAUGCUUCAAACUCAUCGCUUUUUCCAGACUAAGCCUACUUGCAAAAUUCAGUUGCAAUAAGUCAUGUGAUGGUGUGUCUGAAGAUUGGGAGGACACAUUGGGAAAGCUUCUGUUUUUUUUUUCCGUUUUUCUUUUUUUUUUUUUUUUACCUGAUCGGACCAAGGAGCGGCGGUGGCGGCCUCCUUGGAUUCAGGUCGGGGAGACGGUGUUGAAGCGUGCAAGACGGUCCAUGUGAGGAUACACCAUCAAGACUCAUAAGCAUCUUGUUUAUAAAGAGAGAUUUCGAUUGCAUGCUUGAAAGAGAGAAGCACUGCAAGAAUAUUUUUUUGAGAAAUGUAUUUUUUAUUAGAGCUAACAUCCUAGGUUGUAAAUGUUAGGAUAUUUAACAGGUUAUUGUGAUCCUGUGGGGGAAACCCCUGCCUUCAGGGAGUGUAUAAAGAGAAAUAUGUUUGAUUGCGCUGAGAGAUGAGUACCCUUCAGCAGGUCUUCACGCAAAACUCACUCUUUAACCAAAUAAGUAGAUGCCUUUAGACUCGCGACUGUGUGAUAUAUAUUGGGAGAUGCUCAUACACAAAUGCAUUUAAUUGCACACAAGUGCAUACUUGCUACAGCUUAUAAUGAAAGCAUAACUUAUUGUAAUCUGUAUAUAUUUUAGAAAAUGUAUAGUGUAAAACCAGUAUUUCCCCCCCCCUGUAAUUUUGUGUAAUGCACUGUUCAUCCAAAAUGGGAUGUAUGUAUAAAGCUAAACAUGAGAAAGCCAA